AUGCCGUACUCUCGGUACUCGUCCGGCUCAGAACAUGAGUACAUCUACAUGCCUACACUGCCUGUGCGCACCAAGCCUGCAAGUGAAGGCCGAUCUCGCCGCGCCCGGUCGCCUGACGAGGUCGUGGUAAACAAUUACCUGGGGGUGCCGCAAGGUGCACGACCACGCGCAUCCAGCCAAGGGAACGGGCCGGCGCCUACGAUCGUCAAUAUCGGCGGGGUGCCGCUGCAGGUCGGGGCGGCUGGGGCUUCAGAGCACGGACGUCGCGGCUCCCGCAGUCGCAGCCGUUACCGACAUCACCGCAGCGGGUCGUCGAGUUCGGAGUAUUCCACGUCACGGUCGCGAUCGAGGUCGCGACAUCGUAGCAGCAGGGGCCGGCACGGUAAACGACCAGUGUACGAUGAUGGUCGACCGACACGGCAGCUCUAUGAAGACGAUUUACCCUACCAUAUCCGACGAGAUCUCGAUUACGCACGCCAGCAACGGAAAGAGGAAGAGGAACGCAGAAUUCAAGAACGGAUCAAGAAAGAUCGUGAAGCCGAGAGGAAGCGAUGGAAAGAGGAAGAGGAGGAGGAGAAUGCUCGUAAAAAGAAGGAACGCGAGGCCAUUCUUCUAGAGGCCAAACUCGAGGAGGAGCGUAAGAAAAAGGAGGCCGAGGAAUUGAGACAGAAGAUUCUCAAGGACGAGAAAGAACGCCAGGAGAAGGAAAAGGAAAAGAAAAAGGCGGAGGAGGAAGAGUUUGAACGCAAGGUCAAGGAAAAAUUCCUGAAAGCUGGCUACAGCAUUGAGUAUAUCGAAGAAGUGCUACACAAGAAGAAAGCCGAACAGGCCACCCUGGCCAUUGACCUCCAACGCCCGACGUAUAUCAAGGUCAACCGCAAGUACCUGCACCCUGACACCUUGGAUGCGUAUAAUUUGCCCUGGGAAUGGGACGCGCGCGACGACGAGUAUAUCAUUAUCAAGCGAUACAUCGAUCAUGAUCUUCAAGAUGAGCUAUUCGAGCACACACGUCGGCUGAAAGAACGCAAACUGAUUACGGGACCCUACGUCAAAGAAACCAAGAUCGUGACGAAGCUCAGUCCCAAUGAGUUUGUCAAGAAGGGGGGCGACAAGAUGUACGUCGUCAGAGAGAAGAGCAAAAGUCCUGCGAGAAGCCGUCGCUCCAGUUGGAUGUUCACCUAG